GGCAUCAUUAGGAAAAAUCGGUGUUCUCCAUUCCCAUGCCCCUCGACCAUGUGACCGGGAACUAGUUUCUCCGUCAUGCCGACUUCAAGCUAUUCUUCUUCCGUUCCUUCCCCGCACUUUUCCUACCUAAGCCGUGGUCCACUUGUCCACCUUUACCCGAUUCAAAUUGACGAGCUCCAUCUGACUAGUCAUGGAUUGCUCAAUCUGUGAUCGUAGCUUUGCACAAUCGACCGGUCUUAUCCAACACUAUCAGGCUAAGCACCGAAAUGCCUACUGUGGGCGGUGCGAACGUGUAUUCAGCCAACCCAAGGGUCUCCAACAACAUCUUUCCAAUUCAUCUAGUCAUCACAGAUGCGAUGAGUGCCUCUCGAAAACUGACUUUCCGUCCGCAGAGCAAUUGCUAGACCAUCGAAAGCAGUGCCACCAUUACUGCGCGCCCUGCAAUAGGUUAUUCGCUGCUCAAAUCAGCUUGGAACAGCAUGAGAACACUGUACACAAUGUAUGCCGUGAUUGCGGCAGGUGUUUCGAUUGGCCUGAUAAUCUGAGAAACCACGAACGGAUUCAUGCGCCCAAGAACAUUCCAUGCGCAGGGUGUCGAAGCAAGUUCGACCGACAUUCGGCUAUGGUCCUCCACCUCGAAGCAGGGUCAUGCCCGUCGGGAGUUAAGUCCGAAGACGUCGACGACAUCGCAAAGGAAUGCACACAGUCUCAACACUAUGUUUCGACUGAUCCUGAUUUCGACUACUGUUGUCCUCAGUGUCAAGUUCCCUUUACUUGGAUGAGUGGCGUUCUUCAGCACGCAGAAAGCGAUGCUUGCGACAUAGGCCUAGGAAGACACUCUCAACUAGGAAAGUUCCUACAUUUCCUACGUAGCAGGAUUUAGAAAAAGGCUAGUGACAAUGAAAGACCGUUUUUGUUUUCGUCACCAGCUGAGGUCCAAAGUCACCACCCAAACGCUUUUUCCCUGACCAGCAGUGAUCCGUCUACUUGGCCGAGAAGGUCCGCCAUUCUGCCAAACCCCAGGUUCAGCGUCGCCGUAGAUACAUCAAACAUAACACGAACCUUUUGUUACGAAGUACUUUAGUAGAAGAGUAGGACAUGCUUUUAGCCGUUCGCAUAGACCAAAGUCCGGCCUUCGAAAAAGCGUAAAUAGUGUAAGCUGCCUCUGUUUUGUCACUUGUUGCUAUAUACCUGGCACACCACUGCUCAAAUGAAAGGCAUCUGAACCUUGCUUAUCUGCAUAAAUACAAAUUGCAAGGACGGGUGAGAACAGGUAGAUGAGAUGAGGCAUAACCCCGCUUCUGCCGGGAAGAGAGGUAUUCCUCAAUCAAGCACAACAAUCACUCUUUUAUCAAUGAAC